UAUGUUUUCAAAAGUGGGUCAAGAAUGUCAAAGAGUUAUUGAAUUUAGACCAAAUGAACCAUUUUUAACUCCGUAUUUAAUUGGUUAUAAAAACAUAACAAAUGAAGAUUUGGAUCAUAAAGUUUACGUUGUUUGGACUUAUUCAUAUUUAGUGCUUUUAAUUCCAGUAUUCCUGCUCACUGACACUUUACAGUAUAAACCUGUAAUUGUCUUUGAAGGGCUAUGUUAUAUAUUAACAUGGUGCAUUAUAUUAUGGGGAAACGGCGUUCGAGCUAUGCAACUUAUGCAGUUUGUAUACGGUGCAGCAACAGCCACCGAAAUUGCCUACUUAACUUACAUCUAUUCUAACAUUGCGCCUAGUAAUUAUCAGCUUGCGACGUCUUUUACAAGAGGAGCACUACUGUGUGGCCGUUUCUUGUCGGCGGCAUUAGCCCAAACUUUCGUUUCUACAAAAGUUCUUAAUUAUAAAGAACUUAACUACAUUUCAUUACUAUCUGUAAGUGUAGCUCUCGUAAUAUCUUUAAUACUCCCCAUGAAAUGGGAACGGCGGUCUGGAUGCGAUAUUAAAGGAUACUUUCAAAACUUAUAUUACGAAGGGAAGAUAAGCUAUUUAAAUAGGACAAUUCUAAAAUGGAGUAUAUGGUGGGCUAUAGCAACUUGUGGGAAUUUUCAAGUUGGAAAUUAUAUACAAAAUUUAUACGAAGAAAUUAAACCGAAUAGAACCAAUGCAGAAACAUUUAAUGGCGGUGUUGAUGCUGUUUCAACAUUCUUAGGUGCUGGUGUAGCAAUAUCUACAGGAUUUAUUCACUUUAAUUGGAAAGAAUUAGGUGAAAUUGUCCUGUCUUUGUUAAGCUGUACUAGCGGUGCCUUCCUACUUGCUAUUUCAAAUGAAUUGCAGGUUUCCAGAUUUGGUUUCGUCUUUGGAUGUAAUACUUUUGUUGCCCUUCUCCUACAGACAAUAUUGACAUUAAUUUUCGUCGAUUCCCACGGUCUUAAAGUAUCCAUAAGAACACAGUUCAUGAUAACCGGAGGAUAUUUUAUGGCAAUGGGGAUAGCAUUUACUAUCAUGGCAAUUAUAAUUAUAAGAAAUAUGGGCGCGUCACUUGUUGGUGAAGGAGCGAUUGUUGUACUAGCUGCAGUUGUUGGGGCUUUAGUUGUUGGAGCUUUGGUUGUUGGAGCUUUGGUUGUUGAAACUGUACUAGUAGGGGUAGCUGUGGUUGUUGGAGCUUUGGUUGUUGAAACUGUACUAGUAGGGGUAGCUGUGGUUGUUGGAGCUUUGGUUGUUGAAACUGUACUAGUAGGGGUAGCUGUGGUUGUUGGAGCUUUGGUUGUUGAAACUGUACUAGUAGGGGUAGCUGUGGUUGUUUGA